AUGUCUAGUCCUCUGGAGGUUUGUGAGUUUCGAACCAGUCCAGACUCCAGACAGCUCUGGUUUGUUGACCUGCAGUCUGGCCGAGCUCGGCCACCGAGACAAGCCACGAAAUUCAAGGAGCGACCGGUUGGCUUGCAUCCUAUCGACGCUGACGCGGUGGGCGGUGAAGAACGUGGCGGCCACGAGAUUUCCGAGCAAAAAGUCUAG